CAGAUGAGUUCUUGUGAGUGAGAAAAUAUACAUAUGAUUCGCUAGGAAAGGCUGAAUAUGAACUGCUCUCUUAAGUUUGACAUAGUUCACAUGUGGGCCGGGCGGAGAAAUAGAGAAGGGUGGGUGUCUGUUGUCGCAGACGGCCAACCACCACACUGAAAAGGAAGCACGAAUCCGAGGCAUCCGCUAUGGGAAAGUAUGGCACAUGUGAGAAGGAGCAGGUUAGGGAGUUUUUGUUAUCAAAGAGAAGGGGGAGGUUUCUCCAUCGACAAGUGGCCAGUAGUUGGACGAAGUUCUUGGCAUGAAAGGCCAUUCAGGCUUUGAUAAGAAACGGGUGGUGACAGGCAGCGGCUACGGCUUGGACGGGUGCACGUCCACAAAAAUCAUACAGCACAGGACGCGUUACAGCGGCGAGACGCCGCAGGGUUGUCUUACGACGUGGUUAAGGGUGCGGCCUCUGCUUACACAUUCUCGCUCUGGCGUACCAGUCGGUCGAACCCAAAAUAGCAACAUGAACACGCUGUGCUGGUUUUCUUGGUACGCAGGAACGACGAUCAAAGUCUGCUCGGGUGUUUCCGCUCCAUGGAACCCGCUCUUGCAGUGUGGGGAUAGCGCCGGAUGCGACGCAUGGGGUCAGCUUUUCGAGAGCUUGUCCUACCCAUGGAAGAGUCUCAACCAACGUAAAACCAGGGCUUCGACUUGUCCUGCCGGAGCGGUGACGUGCGAGUUUUCUUCGGAGGGACAUUGGAAUGGGCAUGUGUCUUACAAUAGCGAAGAGGGUAGAGCAAUGACUCCAUGAGCGCCGGGCGAAGACACGCUGCGUUUGUGGACCAAACCAAGCCCGGAGACAAGCGCCGCAGGAUUGUUGCGUGGCCGUUCGUCUGGCUCCCGCAACUCUCCAAUCUCACAUAAUUGGAGAGACCCUUCCUUAAAACCCAUUGUAGUCAGCACGAGCUACCUUCUGGGCGUACUGGGAGACAUUCCUGUCCAAGGCCAUCUCAACCCGGUAUGGAGAGCCCAACAAGCCUGCUGCUCCAGCUGGAGCUGCUGGACCGGAUCGACGCGGCCGAAGCCGCCGGCCCUGCCUCGAUGAGUCGCAUGUAAAGAGCAGAAACACGAGCCUUCCGACCAGAUCGGGCUGUGAAUUGUUAGGCCUGCGAACCGGCUGCUGCACCAAUGAGAGGACCGGAACCGUGAAAUAGUCGCGAGCCGUACCUAGGAGGGCGACAGUCG